AUGAUUUCAAGAUUAAUUUUAAGUAAUAGAAUAAUUAGUAAAAAUACUAUUAUAUCAUCAAAUGUAGCAGUAUCAUCAUUAUUCAACAACAGCAACAACAUAUAUAAAAAUAAUAGAUCAUUUAGUUCAAAAGAUUUAUCUCAAAAUACUUUAAGUGAUACUGAAGCAACAAUCACAGAAACCAUCGAUGAUGAUGAAUUUGCAGAAUUAUUAGGACUUAAUAAGAAAUCUAAAAAAAAUAAAGAAUUUGAUCCAGAGAAAUUUGAACAAGAAAAUUCAUAUUUCGAAGAAGAUUUCGAAGAAGAUUUCGAUGAAAAUUUCGAAGAAAAUGAAGGAGCCGAUGAAAAAUUUAGAACAUUUUUAAAAAGAAGAAAACGUGAAAGACAUUUACAAGAAGAAAAGGAAUUUCUUGCACCAAAAACAGUUUUAUCGACUAAAAGAUCAGAAAGCCAACGUCCAACCUGGGGUGUUACAUAUGAUGCAUCAGAAGAUUUUGAUCCAUCCGAUCAAUUUCAUUUCACUCCACUUCCAACUGAUCAACCAAUUUUACCAGCAUUCAGAGCACCAAAAACUGUUGAAAAUUUAAUAAUUAAAUAUGAAGACCCUUUCAAAGAUCCAUCAAAAACAAAUGCUAAUUAUUUCCCAUUUUUCAGAUUUACUGAACCAAGAGGAUAUACUGUUGAAUCUUUCUUAAAACAAAUAGGUAGAGGAUGUGAUCAACAUGUAGAAUUAUUUGAAAAAUGGGAAGAUCUUAUGGAAACAUCUUCACGUAAAUUAAAAGAUUUACAAGUUCCAGUUUCAAAUAGAAAAUGGAUUCUUCAUUGGGUUGAGGAAUUUAAACAAGGUAGAGAUCCAGUUUUAAUUUCAAAAUCAAAAUCUAGAUCUAAAUCAAAUAAAAAGAAAUAA